UUUUUCUCGCUUAGCCAGCUUCCCUUUGCUUGAAUCACACCACUUAGUCUCCGAGGUCUCUUAAAGAAUGCCCAUUUGAGGAAACAUGACGAUAUCACGUUGACUGUGGACGUACGUAGAGAAUCUCUGGUUCCAAGUCAACCCCGGUUAGACUUGUGUUGUUUCGUCAUCUUCUGAUAUGAUCUGUGCGAUUCGGCAUUUGCCGCAACUAGGCAUCUGCAGCUCUUGCGAGAGCCCCCCAGUUAUCUCCACUUGAGCUUGGAGGGCAAACUAGAUAGAGAGCACUGUUGGAUGAGCAUUUGAGAUACCAAGUUAGAGGAUGAUGUUGGAUCUUCACCUAGAUCUAGAUUCUAGACACACCCCAUUGCCCAAACAAAUCAAUCUCCUCCUUUGUGUUGACUUGAUCCACCGGUGUGAGCAAACACACACACACAAAAAGACAUCACCCCACCUAACUGGCCCCAAAACCCAUGACAAUGGCGUGGAUCCUUCUCCGCCCUUGAAGAGCCCAAAGAGCUCUCCUCUCCAAUUGCCAUAAGAAUGCCCAGCUCGCGCGAGUGGAGCCCUAGGUAAGUAGGGCGAUUGGAGCGCAGCGAUGGAGGCCAACGGGCAUCCCCACUCGCAGGUGGACGACUACUGCUUCUCGCUGGGCGGCGCGCGGCCCAUCCACAGCAUCCUCAUUGCCAACAAUGGCAUGGCCGCCGUCAAGUUCAUGCGCAGCGUCAGAUCCUGGGCGUACGAGGCGUUUGGCGCGGAGAGGGCGGUGGUGCUCGUCGCCAUGGCCACGCCCGAGGACAUGAGGAUCAACGCCGAGCACAUCCGCAUGGCCGACCAGUUCGUCGAGGUGCCCGGCGGCACCAACAACAACAACUACGCCAAUGUGCAGCUCAUCACCGAGGUGGCCGAGCGAGCCGGCGUGGCGGCAGUGUGGCCCGGAUGGGGGCAUGCUUCCGAGAAUCCCGAUCUUCCCAGCUCGCUCGCUGCGAGGAAUAUCGUGUUCUUGGGGCCUCCCGCGGCGCCUAUGGCUGCUCUUGGAGAUAAGAUCGGAUCCUCGCUCAUCGCGCAGGCUGCUGGAGUUCCAACGCUUCCCUGGAGUGGAUCCAACGUUGCUGUGCCGUUUGAGAGCUGUAGAGAUGGGAUCCCCGAGGAGCUCUACAAGCAAGCGUGCGUUUUCUCGGCCGAGGAAGCGCUGGCGAUGUGCCAGAAGAUUGGAUACCCGGCCAUGAUCAAGGCGUCCUGGGGUGGCGGUGGCAAAGGGAUCCGCAAGGUUCACAACGACGAAGAGGUCAAGGCUUUGUUUAAGCAAGUGCAAGGCGAAGUACCGGGCUCGCCGAUCUUUAUCAUGAAAGUUGCCUCUCAGUGCCGCCACUUGGAGGUCCAGCUUCUGUGUGAUCAGUAUGGCAAUGUCGCUGCGUUGCACAGCCGUGACUGCAGCGUCCAAAGGCGCCAUCAAAAGAUAAUCGAAGAGGGGCCGAUAACCAUAGCUCCGCCCGAGACUGUGCGCCUCUUGGAGCAAGGCGCUCGAAGACUAGCACAGUGUGUCAGCUAUGUUGGUGCUGCUACUGUGGAGUACCUCUACAGUAUGGAGACUGGCGAGUUCCAUUUUCUCGAGCUCAACCCGCGGCUACAGGUAGAGCAUCCGGUGACCGAGUGGAUCGCGGAAGUUAACUUACCUGCGGCACAGCUCGCGGUUGGCAUGGGGAUUCCUCUUUGGAAGAUACCGGAGAUCAGGCGGUUUUACGGCAAGGAAGACCAGCUCGUCCACAACCAGACGAAUUGGCACGCAGCUGCUGCUGAUACCGCUGUGGCCUUCGACUUUGACACAGCAGUGGCUAACAAGCCCAGGGGACAUGUUGUAGCCGUGCGUGUCACUAGCGAGGAUCCGGACGAUGGUUUCAAGCCCACCACUGGCAAAGUGCAGGAAGUGAGCUUUAGAAGCAAACCGAAUAUAUGGGCCUAUUUCUCUGUAAAGUCUGGUGGUGGCAUCCACGAGUUCUCCGAUUCCCAGUUUGGACACGUCUUUGCGUUUGGAGAGACACGUCCGGCCGCCAUUGCAAACAUGGUACUUGGGCUCAAAGAGCUGCACAUCCGAGGUGAAAUCCAUACCAACGUUGACUACACCGUCGAUCUUCUUCACGCGCCUGAGUACAAGAACAACAAGAUACAUACGGGCUGGCUGGACGGCCGGAUUGCCAUGCGUUUGCGGGCCGAGCGGCCUUUGUGGUAUCUAUCGGUGGUUUGUGGAGCCAUUUACAGAACAUCAAGACUUUGUGCAGCACGAGUGUCCGAGUACAUAGGCUACCUUGAGAAAGGACAAAUCCCACCGAAGAACAUUUCUCUCGUCAAUUUUCGCACGUCGCUCAACAUCGAUGGCAGCAAAUACACGAUGGAAUUAACAAAAGGUGGCCCCGGGACGUACAGAUUAAAUAUGAAUAAUUCUCGAGUCGAGGCCGAGGUCCACACGCUGCGAGACGGAGGUCUACUUGUCCAGGUUUGUGCUUUGUUACCGCUGCUUGUUAUUGCUCAUUGGAUCAUCCAUCAGCUGGAUGGGAACAGCCAUGUUGUCUAUGGAGAGGAGGAAGCCGCUGGAACGAGGCUACUUAUUGAUGGACGUACAUGCUUGUUACAGAACGAUCAUGAUCCGUCACGACUGAUAGCGGAGACCCCGUGCAAGCUAAUGCGCUUUCUAGUGGCGGACGGUAGCCAUGUUGACACCGACACACCCUACGCCGAGGUGGAAGUUAUGAAAAUGUGCAUGCCUCUUCUUUCACCGGCUUCCGGCACAAUCCACUUCAAGCAUUUGGAAGCACAAGCGAUGGUGGCCGGCGAUUUGAUUGCGGUGCUCGACUUGGAUGAUCCUUCUGCUGUGAGAAAAGCAGUUCCAUUUUCGGAAGGAUUUCCGGCACUUGGAACUCCAAUACCGGUCCCUGGAAAGGUUCAUCAUCGCUGUGCCUUGAUCAUUAAUGCCUCGAACAUGAUACUCGCCGGUUACGAACACAACGUGGACGAGGUUGUGCAGACUCUUCUCAGUUGCUUGGACGAUCCUCAGCUGCCCGUUCUUCAGUGGCAAGAAUGCAUUGCAGUACUCGCAAGCCGAAUCCCGACCAACUUGAAAGCUCGGCUGGAUCUGAAGCUGAAAGAGUACGAAGCCUCGUCUGGUAGCGAGCGAGGAGCUGCAGACUUUCCUGCCAAGGGAGUGCGGGAAGUUUUAGAGGAAUUCCUUGCCUCCGCAACCGAUCAAGACAGGGCGACACAAGAAAGGCUUGUGGAGCCCUUGUUAACGCUAGCCAAGUCAUACGAGGGGGGGCGCCGGGGUCACGCCUGCAGCAUCGUAAAAGCACUCUUUGAGGAGUAUUUGCUCGUCGAGGAGCAUUUCAGCCAAGGCACCGGUACACAGGCUGACGUCAUCGAAAGCCUUCGACACGUCCACAAGAAAGACCUCUGGAAGGUUGUCGAUAUUGUGCUCUCUCACCAGGGUAUCAAGACUAAGAACGCCUUAAUGUUACGCCUUAUCGAAGCUCUCGUGUAUCCUAACCCCUCCGCAUACAGAGACCAACUUGUGCGUUUGGCGGCCUUGAGUGACUCAAACUACACGGAGCUGGCGGUAAAGUCGAGCCUUCUUCUGGAACAAUCUAAGUUGAGCGGAAUUCGAGCAGAUAUUGCGCGAAGUCUAUCAGAGCUGGGAAUGUUUACGGAGGACGAAAACGGCUCAAAGCGAUCUGGCAAGAGUGCUAUCGACGAGAGAAUGGAAUACUGGGUUGACGCACCGGUUGCUGUGGAAGAUGCUCUUGUGGCGUUGUUUGAUCACGGUGACCAUGGCGAUCACACGUUGCAAAGGCGCGUUAUCGAGACUUACAUCCGAAGGCUGUAUCAGCCAUAUCUAGUGAAAGGUUCAGUCCGGAUGCAAUGGCAGCGCUCGGCAAUGCUAGCCUCGUGGCAAUUCUACGAGGAAGGGCCUCUCCGGGUGGCAGCAGCGGCAGAAGAAAGUGAACCAGUCAAAUGGCGUGGGGCCAUGGCGGUCCUCUCGUCCUUGAACACACUCUCGUCUACUGUUCGGACUGCGCUUGAAGAGUGGUUUGGUGUCACGCAGGAGACCAAGGACUCUAACCAUACCCGCCUUGGCAACGUGCUCCAUAUUGCUCUCGUCGGGAGGAAGAACCAGCUGAGUGCUCAUCAAGACAGUGGUGAUGAGGGGCAGACGCAAGAAAGAGUCGAGAAGCUCGCCAAGGGACUCAAGGGUGAGACCUUGCGAGGAUUGCUGCAAGCUGCCGGAGUUGGAGUUGUGAGCUGCAUCAUCCAAAGAGACGAAGGCAGGGGUCCAAUCCGCCACUGCUUUCACUGGUCUCAGGAGACGAAAUCAUAUGCAGAAGACCCGCUCUACCGUCACGUCGAGGCACCUCUCUCUGGUUUCCUUGAGCUGGACAACUUGAAGGAGCUUGGAACGAUGAAGUACUCACUGUCACGGGACAGGCAAUGGCAUCUUUACUCUGUCCAGGAGAAGAAGGGAAAGUCGACGGUGAAGCGCACGUUUCUACGGACUUUCGUGAGGCAAACGAAGACGCUGGACGAGGAUGGCACUUUUGAGAGCGUGAUCAAGGCGCUCCAAGGCGCUCUGGAAGAGCUGGAAGUCGCAGAAGGAAGAGCUGAGCACGUCCAUAUGUACCUUUGCGUGCUGAGGCCGCAGGGAGUGAGAAGCCUGGCCUCGUCAAUCGUGAUGUGGCUCGAGGCGCUGGUACACAAGAUCUACGCUGCUCUUGGAACACGCAUGUACCGCCUAGCCGUGCUUGCAUGGGAGCUCCGGAUGUCUUUGGGUGGCGAAGGCAUCUGGAGAGUGGUGGUGUCUAACGCUACUGGUUACACUUGCAAGGUUGAGAUCUACAGGGAGGUGCGCGAUCCUCUCACGAAGCAGACCGUCUAUAGCUCGCCGUUUCCAGGUUGUGAGGGGCCGCUCCAUGGAGUCCCGUUGUCCAAGCAGUGCAAGCCGUUGGAAGCUCUCGACUCUAGACGGCUGCUGGCCAGGAAGAACGGCACCACCUUUUGCUACGACUUCCCUCUGGUGUUCGAGGCUGCGCUCAAGCAGUGCUGGAAGGAGUCCGGGAUGGAGCUGCCCAAGGACACCACAGCGUUCUGCGCAACCGAGCUCGUGUUUCCCACGGCAAACCAGUCGUGGGACGCCACCCUGGUGGAGACGAACCGGCCCAGCGCCAGCAACGACAUUGGAAUGGUAGCGUGGCGUCUGGAGCUGUGCACUCCAGAGUACCCUCAGGGCCGCCACCUUAUCGUGGUUUCCAACGACGUAACGCAUGCCGCUGGCUCCUUCGGCCCCAAGGAGGACGCCUUCUUCAAGUGCGUCACGGACAUGGCGUGCCGGGAGAAGCUCCCUCUCGUCUACCUGGCCGCCAACUCGGGUGCCCGGAUCGACGUAGCGGAGGAAGUGAGGAGGAGCUUCCAGGUCGGGUGGCUGGACGACUCUCGCCCGGAGCACGGCUUCCACUACCUCUACCUCCGGCCGGACGACUACUCCAAGCUCGGCGCCUUCGUGAACGCUCACAAGCUGGAGGUGGCGGACGGACAGGUGCGCUGGGUGAUCGACGAUAUCAUCGGGCAGAAGGACGGGCUCGGCGUGGAGAACCUCUCGGGGAGCGGUGCCAUCGCCAGCGCCUACUCCAAGGCAUACAGGGAGACCUUCACCUUGACGUACGUCUCCGGCAAGACGGUCGGCAUCGGUGCCUACCUUGCUCGUCUGGGAAUGCGGUGCAUCCAGCGGUUGGACCAGCCGAUCAUCCUCACGGGCUACUCGGCGCUCAACAAGCUCCUGGGACGAGAAGUGUACAGCUCGCAAAUGCAGCUCGGGGGACCCAAGGUGAUGGCGACGAACGGCGUCACGCAUCUCACUGUGAGCGACGAUCUCGAAGGAGUGUCCGCCAUCCUCAACUGGCUGAGCUACGUCCCCAGCGUCAAAGGUGGCGGGCUUCCGUCUCGGCCCAGCGACGAUCCCCCGGACAGGACAGUGGCCUACGUCCCGGAGAACAGCUGCGAUCCUCGUGCCGCGGUGGCCGGAGUUUACAACUCCGAGGGUGGCGGCGGCUGGAUGGGCGGUAUCUUCGACAAAGGCAGCUUCACCGAGACGCUCGAGGGGUGGGCUCGGACGGUAGUGACAGGGCGUGCUCGGCUCGGGGGGAUACCAGUUGGGAUCAUCGCGGUGGAGACGCAGACGGUCAUGCAAGUGAUCCCUGCGGACCCCGGACAGCUCGACUCGCAGGAGAGAGUGGUGCCGCAAGCCGGACAGGUCUGGUUCCCGGACUCGGCCUCCAAGACGGCCCAAGCCAUGAUCGACUUCAACAACGAGGGGCUCCCGCUCUUCAUCCUGGCCAACUGGAGAGGCUUCUCGGGUGGCCAAAGGGAUCUCUUUGAGGGAGUUUUGCAAGCCGGAUCCACCAUCGUGGAGCACCUCCGCACGUACCAGCAACCGGUGUUCGUCUACGUGCCUCGGAAUGGCGAGCUUCGAGGCGGGGCCUGGGUGGUGGUGGACAGUAAGAUCAAUCCGGACCAAGUCGAGAUGUACGCCGACAGCACGGCUAGAGCCGGGGUGCUCGAGGCCGAGGGAGUAGCCGAGAUAAAGUUCCGGAGGGAGCAAAUCCUCGACUCCAUGAAGCGCUUGGAUCCAGUACUGCCACGACUCGAGGAUCCAGCAGCGAUGAGAGCUCGCCAGGACAGCCUGAUUCCAGUGUACAAGCAGAUCGCCCUCCGCUUCAUUGAUAUGCACGACACGGCCUUCCGGCUGGCCGCCAAAGGGAUCAUCCGGCGGGUGGUGGACUGGGAGUGCUCGAGGUCUUUCUUCUACAACAGGUUGGCGAGGAGGCUGGCCCAAGAAUCUGUGAUACAACGUGUGCUAGCGGCUGCUGGAAGCGAGUGUAGUCACCGGGACGCGCUGGAGCUGUUGAGGCAGUGGUUCUUGACGUGGAGCAGCAGCAGCACCGGUGAUGGGGAUGGUUGGGCCGACGAUACUCUGGUUGUGGAGUGGCUGGCCAGCAACGAGUCCAGGAUCCAACGGGAGCUCCAGCAGCUCAGAGUGCAGAAAGUUUCGAGGCAGAUGCUCAGUGAUUGUCAAAAUCGAAACGACGAUCUCGAGGUGCUGCCGCAAGUUAUACGGAACCUUGUUGAUAAGAUGGAUCCUGCUGCCAGGCAAGCACUCAAGGAGCAAAUUAAAGCAGCACUACUGUAAGACUUAUUGCUGUUGUCAUUCCUUUUCCAAGGCACGGAGGAGCUCAGCAAGGAUCCCACCUCCGUUCUGAUCACCUACGUGAAAUUGUUUGGUUCACAUUCAAAUAAAGAAAAAAUAAGUUCACCUGA